ACGGUGGAGAGAAUCAAAAUGAGUGGUUUUCCUACCAAACCACAGUCUUUUUAGUUCAGGACAAGAAUGUCUACUGAGCUAUAAAAAUCGUGCAGAGGUUUUUCCAGUCACAAGCAGCACACACACACAAUUAUAAAUAUACAAAUGCACAAACAAAAUUAUUGUGAUAAAAUGGUUGUUGUGCAAAGCUAUAAAAUGUGAGUUUUUAAAGGAGAUUUUUUUCACAAGCACUUUUAAAAACAUGUUUGCUUGUGCCAGUUGCCCUGGUAAGAACGUUUAGCUUGAGUUACAUUCUUUCCCUGCACCACAGUAUAAGCACAGGCUGAUUUAGAGAGAAAAACAAGAAAGACUUUUUAUCUGCAGAUUUCUGUUUUCAUCAUAUCACUGUCGCAGAAAAAACACAAAAACAUGCAACCUAAAAACAACUUAAGUCAACAUAAAAACCAGACAAGCAGCUGAGGAUGUGGUGGUGCGCUUGUUUGGUUGUUUAUAAAUGCUCAUUCAAGUUUAAAUGUCUAGUCAUCAUACCACAUCAGUACGCAUUAUUCUUCCUCUUCACUCAAAUUUAGGCCUACUCUUCUUUCACUGCCUCCCGAAUCCCUCGUUUAAUCCGCCUCCCGUCUCUAACACGCCCUUAAACUCGCCCCUCUCCUCUGUUUCCUCACUAACUGGUUCUCUGUGCUUCUUUGAGCAGAAGGAUGUGGGGGGGUUUAUGUGUGUGGCAUUUGGGGCUUCUGUUUUGGGGGUUAGGAUGGGUGCAUGGACAAAGCCAGACCAACUUCACAAGGCCCAUAUUCCUUUGUGGUGGUCAUUUGGUAACGGACUCGGGAUUUGUGGCUAAUGAGGGUUUCCCCUCUCAUUACAAACCAAACUCCAAAUGCACCUGGUACAUUACAGUCCCGGAAGGUCAUGUUGUGAUGCUCCAGUUCAGGAUCUUUGAUCUAGAGGCAGAUCCCACCUGUCGCUAUGACUAUGUGGAUGUCUAUAAUGGGCACUCAUACACAGUGCAGAAACUGGGCCGGUUCUGUGGAACAUUCAGACCCGGUGCCCUCAUCUCCACCUCAAACACCAUGAUGGUGGAGAUGGCGUCUGAUGCCAGCACAGGAGGAAGAGGAUUUCUGGCUUAUUUUAGUGGAGGGAAACCACAUGUUGACGAGAAUCAGUUCUGUGGUGGCAGGCUGACUAAGGCCCAAGGUUCAGUGAAGACACCAAACUGGCCGGAAUCAGAUUACCCAGCAGGCAUCAGCUGCUCUUGGCACAUAUCUGUGGACACCAACUUGGUUAUUGAGGUCAAGUUUGAGAAACUGGACUUGGAAUCAGACAUCUACUGCCGUUAUGACUACGUGGUCCUGUUCAAUGGGGGAGAGACCGACGAUUCUCGCCGGAUUGGCAAAUUCUGCGGAGACUCUGUUCCAGAUGUGGUUGUGACCAAUGGAAAUGAGCUGCUGGUGCACUUUGUAUCAGACCUGAGUGUCACUGCCGCAGGUUUUAUGGCUCACUACAACAGUAUUCCCCGUGGAUCCCGAACACCCACUUCUGGCCUGGACACAGUGCUCCGCCCAAGAACUGACACUUCAACCACUAAAUCCACUACUCCACCAGCAAAACCAAAGCGCAAAAGUAAACCUACUGUUAGGCCUAAGCCAACACCAAAAGCCCCAUCAGGGCAACGCAAGCCCACGCCACCCAGGCCAACCCCUAAGCCUAGAUCAAAACCCACACCCAAACCCAAAGUUCGGCCCACUCCUCCUGCAAAAACCAAGUCUACCACAAGAACUGCUACUAGAGUCAACCGAAAACCUGCUGUAAAAGUGACAACAAAACCUAAACCUGACAGUAAACAUCAAGCGAAGGCAACGAAUUCACCAAGUGCAACGACAAAACCAAAAGUAAAGCCUGUCCCUGGUGCCAAAGCAACCGCAAAGCCAAAGACAAAUCCCAACACAAAACCUGGGAACAAAACAACAAAUGCAGCUUCAGUUAGGAACCUGCUGUGUUCACUACCAUGCAGGCGAAUAGGCACUCUGGUGACCCGUUUCUGCCCAAGUCAUUUUGUGUUGACUGGUAAAGUGAUAUCACUGACCCCGGGACCUCAAGGCAGUGCUGAAGUUGAAGUGUCUGUCAUCAAGAUAUAUAGGCCAGGUAGACUUAACAUCAAAAAGAGAGGUCCCACCACAUCUGUCACACUGACUUCUACAUGCAUGAAGUGUCCAGCACUGCGUAAAGGAGUGAAUUACGUGCUGAUGGGUCAGGUGAAUAAUGAAGUCCUUGGCACUCUGACCCCCUCCAGCUUUGCCCUUGAGCACAAGCCAGUACAUGACAAAGCCCUGGACGCUCUCGCAAAGAAAUCAUGUUAAAAACCACCUUGACCAAUCAAAAUUUGGGAAAAAUGUAAGAAAUAUGCAUAGAAAUGUCAUAAACUAAAUCCAUAAUUAUUAUUUUGCAUCUCUUAUGGAGAUUUGUGGAAGAAAAUCAGGUAAACAAAUUUCCUAUUUAGCACAUCAAUCUGGUGUCUGUUUAUUCUCUAAUACGAAGAUAUAAGGCACUAUGUACAAUGUACAACACAAUGUAUUCUUUUUAAAUUAAAGCACUUCGUUAAUUGAAGGAUAAAUUAAACAUCUAUGUGCCUAAAGUAAAUCAUUACAUUUCUGUUUAAUUUUACAGAAAGUAAUUUCUCAGUAAUUCUAUUCUAUAUCUUAAAUGUCUGAAUAAAACCAUUAU